GUCCCUCUGCGGCUUCCGUAGUGAAGGGAGUUGUACUCGGAACAGUACAGCGCCAGUCUUGUUGUUUUUAGCCUUUUAGCCAAACAACUUGAGGUAGUCUUCAAAAAUCCCUUCGAAGAAAAUGGCUACCUCUCUUGUGAAUGAAGAACAGGAUAAAUCAGAAGAUUCAACAAACCUUCGCUGCAGAAAGUGCCGCAGAUGUCUAAUCGACUCAACCUGCCUCCUUAAGGUGGUAACGUCAAGUGAAGCUGCAGCCGCAUGCAGUGUGUGGCAUUUGAACGUUGAAUCUUUGCCAGAUUGGAUUUUGUCAAGUGUCGGUCAGGUCAAUUGGACUGUUGGGAAAUUAAACUGCCAGUACUGUGGAGCUCGCUUAGGAGGCUUUAAUUUUGUAAAUUGCUCCAAAUGCACCUGUGGACAUGAUACAACUGUACAUCUCAGUAAAAGUCGUGUUGAUGAGGAUCUAAAACCUCUAGUUCUUUUGACAAGACCAGGAAGGACUAGAGAACAUACUAGAAGGAGGAAACAUGAGGUGGAGUCUCUCCCUCAGACAAUAAGCUCAGCUCCCUCUCCUUCCUCAACCCUCAACUUCUCCUGUCCUGUAUCUCAUGUAGUCUCUGCUGAAACUGAAUUUGAGGUUGAGUCAAGUGAAGAACCACAGAUUCUUGAGAAUGUUGAGAGGGGCACAGAUGUUUCUUUAACUUCUGAAUUGCCACUACAGCUGUAUGAUUUUCACGAGAGCUCAGAGGAACGGCAUGAGGGUUCUGCUUCCCGGAGUAGAACUUCUCUGGACAGAGCAGUGGAUCCCGAGGGCGUCAGACUGAUGGAGGAGCCACCCAGAAACAUCUUACCCAAUGUAGAGCCAAAGCUCUCCAAGAGGGAGAAAAACCGCCUGAAAAGCCUAAGAAGGAAGCAGAGGAAGAAGGAACGCUGGAUUCAGAGACAGCAGGAGGCAAAAGAUCUGGCUAUGAAGUGGGACCUAACAGGCAGCGAUGAUGAAGAGAGAGAGGGGUAUACAUGUGCCGUGUGUUUAGACAUAUAUUACAGCCCCUACAAGUGCCAUCCUUGCAGUCAUGUGUUCUGUGAGCCCUGUUUGAGAACUCUGGCCAAGAAUCGGCCAAGCAAUACCCCGUGUCCCCUCUGUAGGACCCUCAUAUCCCAUGUGCUCUUUCAGGAAGAGCUCAAUCAAACUACAAAGACAUGUUUCCCAAAAGUAUACAGGUCACGACAUGAGACCUUUCAGAAGACCAACUAUUCGAAAUGGCCCCUGCCCAACUGUCCGAAGCGCUUUCGCAUCUUUUGGGGGUUUCAGAGACACGGAGGCCCUGCCAGUCGCUGGCAGUUUCCCCACAGAGCAUUUGGCCUGGAUGCGUUGGAUUUGGGGGACAUGUGGGGUUGGCCAUUUGACAUUGACUUUGUGAUCAUCUCUAUCUACUCUCUGCACUGGGUGAUGGCGUUCAUCAUCUUCUGUGGCCUCUGCUACUUCCUCCUCAUCUAAUGAAUGGAGGAUUAAAUCUCACAUUGCUGUUGCUGGACAAAAGAAUGUUGUUGAUAGUGGACAUCUCAUCAAGUGCCUCAUACUUUUAUUUCAAUGUAGCUUCAAAUAUGACGAAAUAUUAUUAAGGUGUUUUUCUUCCUGUGUGUUUAUUUGUGUUUUAGGUCUUACAGGGUUUGUGCAAUUCAUAGAUAUCACGUUUAGCUAAUAUCAUCAGCCUGCUUGACCUGUAAACAGUGUUAUAAUGCUUUAGAAAACAAAAAAAGCAAUGAUUCAGGACAUAAUGCUUAGUCUGUUUGUACAGUUGCCUUUAUUUCUGUUGCUAUUGGUUGAAACCAUUGCUUGUCUAAUGCUAGAACCUGGGUUUCUUCCACUAAAAAUGAGUUGUACAAUAGAUUUAAUGGCUUCUUUUACACAGUAAAAGGUUUGAGAGCA